AUGGAGGAUAAAGAUCGAGCAGUGUUUAGUGAUGAUGAAGUAGAAAAGAAAAAGAGGGAGAAAGAUAGGAUGAGAUACGAAGGAGAAAGCAAUGAAGAAGAAAAUGGGAAAGAGAAUGAAGAUGAAAACAAGAUAGAUGAGGGAACAAAUAUAACACUGUUAGAGGAGGAAAUUAGUAAUAAAGGCUUUACAAGGGCUAGGCGAAGAAGAGAAAAAAAUAAAAAGAAGAAGAGUAGAAAUAAACAAGUGAAUAGUAGUGAGGAUGAAACACAAACAGACGAGGAUAUACUAAGUGAAGAUGAAGGAGAAAUUGAAAUAAGGAAAACGUACGCACAAGUAACACAAGUAGCUAAGACGGUACAAGAAAGAAAAACCACUGCAAAUACGAAGAUGGAAUGGAAGAAACCCACAAAUAGCAUAAACGAAGUAGUAGUAAAAGGAAAGGAUGAGAAAGAUAAACAGGUGAUGAGAAAAAUUAAAUCAAAACUAACAAGUGAAGAGUUAGGCAGUAGUGGAUUGAAGGCAGUAAGGGAAUUGAAGAAUGGUUUAAUAAUAUUACAGUGCGAGAGUGAAGAACAAAAAAGAAAAGUUUAUGACAAAUUAAGUAAGGAAAAAGACUUAGAAGCAAGAGAGGGAAGGAAGUAUAAACCGAAAGUAAGAGUAACUGAGUAA